AUGAAUGCCCCGAGACUCGGGCUUCGGAAUGCCGCCAGCGCGUUGAGAUCGUGCGCGCGGACGCCGAUCCGGCGGCCCGUGAGAGGGAUCUCUGGGGAGUCGAAGCCGCGGGGGAGCAAUACGGCGCCGACGAUGGAGCAGAUGAGGGCGCCGUUUGCGAAGAAGAAUACGUCGACUAUGUUUUAUACGCUCAGUGUUAUUUUGGGGACAGUCGCGCUUUCGUACGGCUCUGUGCCUUUGUAUAAGAUGAUCUGCGCAACGACUGGCUUUGGUGGACAGCCGAUCAAAUCUGCAGCGCACAAUACCGACGACCCCUCGAAAUCGCUCCGGCCCGUCGUGGGCGCCAAGCGAAUCCGGGUUACCUUCAACGGCUCGGUCUCCGAUGUGUUGCCCUGGAGCUUCACGCCGCAGCAGCGCGAGGUGCGAGUUCUUCCCGGCGAGACGGCUCUGGCAUUUUACACGGCGACGAACAAGUCUUCAGAGGAUAUUAUUGGGGUAGCGACGUACAGCGUGACGCCUGGGCAGGUAGCGCCGCAUUUCAGCAAGAUCCAGUGUUUCUGUUUCGAGGAGCAGAGAUUGAAUGCCGGGGAGACGGUGGAUAUGCCGGUGUUCUUCUACAUCGAUCCAGAGUUUGUGAAUGACCCCAACAUGAAGGGCAUUGAGCAGGUGACGCUGAGUUAUACGUUCUUCAAAGCUAGAUAUGGCAAGAAUGGCCAGCUGUCGCCAUUGGCUGUGACAUGA